CUUUUCGAAAUCGCCAUGAGGUAGCGCCCGACAACCACCCUUCUCUUCUUGUCAUUCUACAACGCCUUUUUCGGGUCUCGUGCAUCACACGUCAAAUAUGGUCAACUGGCUGAAGCUAGCGCUUCCCAUUGUAUAUUUGGGCAUCUUGCUCUCUUCGCUCUAUGCUUUCAGCACGCUCUAUCGUAAAAGAAAAGCAGCCAGAGCGGCGUCUCUAGAGCCAUGGUUUGGGCCGCACGUUCAGCGAAAUAUCUACCUAUCUCUUCUGCACAUCGAACCGUCAGACACCCAGCCGAAAAUCCCUGAGUCGGUAAUCAAAGCCGCAUUGCUGAGACGGGCGACGGAAGACAUUCACAGGAUAAUGUCGAUACGAAACAGCAAGGCAGCCCUCAGUGCGCUUCUUCAAAGGGGCAGCGUAGGUGAUGAUUUGUGGCAGCGGUUCCUCCGCGCAGAGAAGGAGAUUGAGGAGGAACUAAGAGACGUUGUCAACGAGGCCAAUGCAUUUUCGCCAAGCUGGGGCCAAACCAUCUUCCAAUCCGCCAGCGAGAUUGCCCAAAACCAGAUGCUGCGCAAACGCCUGGCCGAGCUCCAGGCGCAGAAGGAGUCAGAGAAGGAGUGGUGGGAGAACAGGCAGAAGAGCAUUCAGGCUGAAUUCAUGAAGGAGCUUGAAAGCGACAACGUAGAGACCGCAACUACAGCACAACAUGCGAAGACCCCGAGCCGCACCAGCGACGACGACGCGGUGCUCGUGGAGGGCGGCGGUCCGGCCGACAAAGGGAUCCAGCAAGGUGGCGGCAAGAAGAAGAAGGGAAAGGGCAAACACUAAGCAUACAUCCUGGCGGCGACUUAUGAAGCACGAAUUUGAUUUCGGAAAUCAAAGGGUGGCGAUGAAUUUUGACUAAAGUCACUACGUUUCUAGAAAGCAAAAGGGAAAUCUGGUCGUAGCACUCUUCUGCAUUGCUUUCUGCAUGGCGACUCAUGGAAAUACUGUAUUAUACCAGUAGCGACUUCAAGGUGCAUAUGAGAUCUCAUUAGGCGCAAGGGGCUGGGCCCGUAAUUCGUUGGCUUUGGACAAACAUUCUGUUGAUGGACUACUGCGUACCCGAAUACUGCAAAAUAUAUCAAGAUCCGUACCGUACAAGCACGUACCGUCUUCGCCUUCUUUCUCAAAACGCCCGGAUAAUAGAUAGAUACAUCCAAGCGACAGUGAACUGCCACUCUCACAAUUUUUAACCUUCCG